AUGCUAAUGAAGCUUCGCAUUCAAAAGGCAAAGAAAAUGUUUCAUGAUGAAGAAGAAGAGGAAGAAGAUGAAACUGAAAAACUCAAGAGAAAGGAUCGUGAUGAAACUCUUAAUGAAAGCAUGCAAGUAGCAAGAAAGGCAGAAGAGAAAGAGAAAGCUGAAAGAGAAGCUCAAGUCACUUUGGAAAGCAGAAAGCUUUUGUUUCCAUUGUGGACUUUGGAGGCACUUAUGAAUGAGGCUAUCAAUAAUCCAAGCCAAAAUUGCUUUGUCAAAGUUGCGAAUGUGCCUCCAACUAACAACGGUGCUGAUCAUCUACUCUUCUCCUUCUACAUAAAGCACAUGAAGCCCCAAUAUGAAACCUCGAGUGCAAAAAAGAUUACAGUUGUGAAGGUUCUAGGGCCGAUUGAAACCGAUAGGUUCCCAAACGCUCGAUUCAAGGUUGCUAGAGGUGCUACGAGUCAAGUAUGUGGAUUUACAGUUGCUGAUGUACCAUGCCUGAACCCGUACGAUUGGAUUUUACUGCUCAAUCUGUUGCUCAAGGAAGAAAAAAAGUAUGAACCUGUUGUUUCUCAUCUCAAGAACAUGUUGGUUUCGUACAUUCAAGAGGUUGGAAAAAUGGACAUUGAGAUUGCAUCAAUUUUCAAGCAGAAGCCAGUUGUAUUCCCCAAGGAAAAUCCAUAA